AUGAAUUUUUUUUUUUUUUUUAUUAUAGUUUACUGUUUUAUUAGUUCAUUUUACCUGAUAAAGUCAUCUUCCAAUGAUAAAAAUAAAAUAAAUAAAAACAAUAUGCCACUUCAACGUGGCGCAUCAAAUUUAAAAGAUAUAAAUAUACAUAAUGUUGAAAAAAAGUCGAAUAUGGAAAGUGUAAAUAAUAAUAUAAAUAAUACAACAUGUUCUAAAAAUUUAAAUGCGAACAAAGUUCCUAAUGUGGCACAUACAGGGGUAAAUAAAAAAGGGGAAACAAAAAAUGAGGAGGUUGAGAAGGAAGAAAAUGAAAAUGAAGAGAUUGAAAAGGAGGAAAUUGAAAAUGAAGAGAAUCAACAAAAUGAAGAAGAUGAAAAUGAAGAAAAUCAACAAAAUGAAGAAGAUGAAAAUGAAGAAAAUCAACAAAUGAAUGUGAACGUUGAUGUAAGUGCAGAAAAAAAAAAUAAAGAAUUACCAGAAGAAAAAAAAGAAUUACAAAAAAAUAGUGAAAAAAAUAUAAACAAAGAAGUAAUAAAAGAUAGCAAUAAAGAUAAUACUUUCAAUUUUCAUAAAAAUAUAAACACUUCAUUCAACAAAAAUAAAAACAUAUACAACAAUAAUAAUAAUAAUAAUAAUAAUAAUAAAACAUUUAUUGAGAAGAAAGAAGAAGCUAUAGACAUGAAGAAAACACAUUGUUCAAAUAACAACAAAAUGUGUAAAUACAAUAAUAUGAAUAAUCAUAUGUCAACAAAUAAAAAUAACAAUCAAAUAUUUGAAGAAAGCAAACAAAAUGUAAAUAAACCUAUAUAUAAUUUAAAAAGUUUGGGAAAUAAUACUUUUAAAAAUGACGAAAAAUAUAAUGAAAAUGACUAUAAAAAUAAUCAUGAUGAUGAUAAAAAAAAAUAUACAGAUGAUUCUAAUGAAGAAAAUAUAUAUGAAGAAAGAAACCAAAAAAUAUUGCUUAUACAUUUGUUAAAAAAUAUUAAAGAAUUAUUAAACAGACAAAGACAAAACUUUAAUAAUUUCUUAUCAUUCUUAAGUGAAAAUUAUCAAAGUUAUGAAAAAUUUUACAAAUCACAAAAAUAUCAAAAUGGUAAAAAUUAUAUAGACAAGUUGGAUCAGCAAGGGGAACUUAAAAAUGUCUCUGUAGUAACUCAUUCUUUUCUAGAUAUGAGUAAAGCAGCGAAUGGUAAGAAGGAUAAAAAUGGGGUUUUUGUAAAAUUGAUGAAUGAUCAAAAUGAUGAUGGAGAUGAUACAAAAGAUGGAGAUGAUACAAAAGAUGAAGAUGACCACAAAAAUGAAGAUGACCACAAAAAUGAAGAUGACCACAAAAAUGAAGAUGACCACAAAAAUGAAGAUGACCACAAAAAUGGAGAUGACAACAAAAAUGGAGAUGACCACAAAAAUGGAGAUGACAACAAAAAUGGAGAUGAUGACAAUGGAAAAAAAUCACACGACAUAUCAGAUAUUAAAAACAUUAUAGAUACCAUACUCCAAUCUGAUGAUAUAACUGAUGAACAAAAAAAAUAUUUAGAGAUCAUUAAAAAAAUUUUAGAUUUAGAAGAGGAUGUAUUAAAUAAAGAAAAGGAACAAUUACAAUUAAACAAAAACAUUAUUGAAGUAUUGAUGGGUAAAUCAGACGAAUUAAGAAAUAUCGCUGUAAAUUUAAAAAAUGGAAAUGGUGAUAAUGAAAGUUCUCAACGUGUAGAUUUAGCCCAAAAUAUUGUAUCAAAUUUAUUAAAUUUUUCAGUUCAAUUAAAAAAUACUGGUAAUAUAGUUUAUAAUAAUAUACAAGGACAAGGAGAAUUACUACAAUCUAUUGAAAAAAAUAUCGACAAAGCUGAAAAUGACCUUAAAAAAAGUACAUCUGUUAAUACUACUUUUACACCUAAAAAUGUACCAAAUACUGAACAGAAUGAUCAAGAAACACAAACAGAUGAUGACAUAAACGAUUCUGAUAUAGAUGAAAAUAAUAAUACCAAUGAUAAAAAUAAUUGUCAUAUGUAUAAAAAAAAUAAUUGCCAUAUGUAUAAAAAAAAUAAUUGUAAGAAAUAUUUCUUAAAUUCACAUUAUAAUAAUUAUCUAUGUAAAAAACAAAAAAAAUAUAAUAAAAAUGAUAUGGGAAACAAACAAAAAGAUAACAAAAAGUUUAAAUUAAACGAAUCCAUGAAAAAUCAUUUCUAUAACAUUUUUGUUAAAGAAACGGUUAUGUUGAAAAAAUUAUACAAAGUCUUAUUUGAGCUUUUUUAA